UCUUCCCCUCCUCUCUCCAUUUCUCUCUGUCCUUUCCAAUAACAACAGCUAUGACAACAAUAACAGCUACAACAAGGACAACAAAAUGGGAAGGAUGACCUCCAGGAGCAGGGGAUUCCUGGUGCAGGCACCAAGCCCCAGCAAUAACCCUGGAGGCACAAAAAAAAAAAAAAAAACCCACUCUUAAAAAGACUUCGGAUAGGAAGAAGUAAAAAAAAUAAAAUAAAAAAGACAAAUGUGUAUAUUAUUUGAUGCUUCUUCUUUUUCUUAGAUCUAUCUACAGGAGCCAGGCAGUAGCGCACUGGCUUAAACGCACAUGGUGAGAAGCACAAGAACUGGUGUAAGGAUCUCUGUUUGAAUGAACCCCGGCUCCCUACCAGUAGGGGGGCCACCUCACAAGCGGUGAAGCACGUCUGCAGGACUUUAUGACCUUCUGAGUAUGUCAUGGUGAACCAUGGAAGGGAACAGUACAACCAGACCCUCUGAUACGUCAAAACGAGACCCAGUCUACUGUGAGGCACAGUGUAAGAUGAUCUUGAUAACUCUCUACACCAUCGUCUUCCUUGGAGGCACGACUGGAGUGGUUAUGAUGUCACGUAUGAUGUUCAAAAGGAAUAGUCAAUCAAUGAUCUCCAUAAUAAUUCUCAAUAUCAUUGUGCUACACUCAGUACUCCUAAUCAGUCUGCCUUUCCGCCUUAGCUACUAUGUGUUAGACACCUGGUAUUUGGGGUCUUUUACCUGCAGGUUGGCUAGCAGUAUAAUUUAUGCCCAUAUGUACUUCAGCUUUAUUUUCUAUGUGGCCAUUGUGAUGCUCAGAUUACUCAUCUAUUUUAAAAAACUUCAAACACAACAAUUACAAAAGUACCAUGCAGUAGUUCUAAGCACUAUGAUUUGGACGGUGGGUAGCCUUAUUUUUUUGCCAAUAUUUUCUUUGCACUAUGGUAUAGAUUCAAUAGACUCAAAACAAAGUCGCUGCUUUAUGUUUUACAGAGAUCUCAGUCGAAGAGAUUUAGUUAUUCUGAACUAUUCUUUCACUGUUCUCAUGAUCACAACAGUAGUAAUCCUCUUUCUCAUACAGAUGGCUGUUAUCAUUCAACAGAUAAAGACUCUUUGGCCCGAGAACUGGACACACCAAGAAUAUAGAGCUCAAAUCAAGAGCUUCUUCUUCCUCGUAGUAAUAGUUGCCUGUUUUCUACCGCACCAUACAUUCCGAAUACACUUUAUUCAAAAUUUUUCAGAAAGUAAAAAUUCAGAAAGAAAAAAUUCUGAAUUAGUUCUUUAUAAUGAAAUUUUUGUUGCUUUAACUACAAUGUGCUGUCUAGAUAUGCUGUGUUUCAUAGGUGGAGUCAUCCAUUAGAUACAACUAUAUUGCUUACUUUGUGAUCUGUUUCUUAUUACUAUGAAAAAAUUAAUUUCUUUUUUAACAUUUUAUUUAUAAAAUAAAAAAUAUAGACAGGAGGGUCAGGAGGUAGCGCAUCGGGUUAAUCGAGAAGCGCGAGGACUAGCUCAAGGAUUCCCAGUUCGAGCCCCCGGCUCCCCACCUCCAGAGGGGUUGCUUUACAGUGGUGUCUUUCUCUCCCCCUCUCUGUCUUCCCCUCCUCUUUCCACUUCUCUCUGUCCUACCCAGCAACAAUGACACCAAUAACAACAAUAUUAAUCACCACAACAAAUAUAUAUAUAAUCCUAAGGUCUAAGAGGAGUACAGUUCCACACAAUUCCCACCACCAGAACUCCCUACAGAAGGUGGAAGGUCUGGCUUCUGUAAUUGUUUCUCCACUGAACAUGGGCGUUGGCAGGUCGACCCGUGUCGCAGCCUGUCUCUAUUUCUCCCUAGUGGGACCUUGCUUUGGAGAGGUGGGGGCUCCAGGACACAUUGAUGGGGUUGUCUGCCCAGGGAAACCAGGUAGGCGUCAUGGUAGCAUCUGCACUUGGUAGCUGGAAAAGGAUUAAGAUAUAAAGCAGAACAAAUUGUUUAAUUAUCAGGAGCCUAAAGGCAAAAAUAUAGCAGAUGAGAUUUGGGGUCUCCAUUUUGGAAAAAGCUAGUAGGUCUAUUUUAGGUAUGACAAAAUAAUUUCAGUUGCAUGGAUGCUGCAGUGAGUUAAGAAUUAUAAGUUCUCCUAUUCUUCAUCAUGAUCAAAAAUACUUCCCCAUGAAAGGAUAAGGAUUAUUGGUUAUUUCUCUCUUUGCAGAAAGUCAUUUUUUCCAUUAGUAGCAGAGUAUGUUUAAACUCCUAAACUCUAUUCAAAUUGACUAUAAUUAUUCCUUCUGGACUUAAUGCCAACCUCUUUUCUAUGCAUUGUUCACUUACCUUAAACUCAGCCAUUCGGUUCUUGGGCACCCUCCAUUUUUGUUGUUUGCUUGUUUACAUUUACUCUUGUCUGAUCUUUGCUAAUAGGAUAUUCAUUACUUCUAUCUGCAAAUUAUCUCUUCUCCAACAUGCAGAAUACCUGAAAA